AUGGAAGUGAGAAGCAAACCCCAGCUACUCCUGGUCCUGAUAUUUUUCAGCGUGCUUUUCUCGCAGACCCUGGCAUGGCCUCUUUUUGGAGCACCUUCUGCUCUAAGGAUGGGUGACAGAAUACCUUUUGAAGGAGCAAAUGAACCUGAUCAAAUUUCAUUAAAAGCAGACACUGACGUUUUACAAAAUGCAUUAGCUGAAAAUGACACACCUUAUUAUGAUGUAUCCAGAAAUGUCAGACAUGCUGAUGGAGUUUUCACCAGUGACUAUAGUAGACUCUUAAGUCAACUUUCUGCCAAAAAGUACCUUGAGUCCCUUAUUGGAAAACGAAUUAGCAAUAGCAUCUCAGAAGACCAGGGACCAAUCAAACGCCACUCAGAUGCAGUCUUCACUGACAACUAUACCCGCCUUCGAAAACAAAUGGCUGUAAAGAAAUACUUGAACUCAAUUCUAAAUGGAAAGCGGAGCAGUGAGGGGGAAUCUCCUAACUUUCUCGAAGUGAUAGAAAAAUGAUGACAAGUUCUUUGGAGCAAAGCUGCUGACAGCUUCCCAGUGAAUUCUUGAAGGAAAACGAUAAGCAAAGUAAUUCUAUUUUGAGUUCUACAUAAGUAAUUCAAGAAAACAACUUCAAUAUCAAAACCAAAUAAAAUAUGCCGUGUUGUGAAUGUUGUGAUUUAUUUUACUCUGAUGUAAUAACUGUGAUGUUUACAUUGUAAAUAUUAUUUGUGAGUUCUAAAAUUUGUCUUUAACUCAUGAGAAUCCUGUGAUUUCAUAUGCUGUGUAUCCUUUCUAACAAAAAUAUAUUUAAUGAUAAGUAAAUACUAAGUUACUUCCAAUUAUAUGAGGCUUUUUGGAAGGGUAGUAAUAGAGCAAAAUUGAUGUGUUUAUUUAUAGGACAUACUUAACUAUUCAAAAGAGGGGAGCAGAUAAUCAGCACAUCUAAAUUGGAAUGUUGAGCAGAUAGGAUGCUGUGUUAAACAAACUUCAGAGUGUCUAAGAGAAUACCAAAAACAGAGACAUUCUUCAGAAAAGAU